AUGACGAGUUAUAUCCUUCACAGCGGUGGGAAGACCCAGGCGCAUACAUCAGAUCCUUGGACCCAGGCGCAUACAUCAGAUCCUAUCCUUCACAGCGGUGGGAAGACCCAGGCGCGUACAUCAGAUCCUCAGAGUCCCUCCACAUCCUUUGGUGCUUCACCCUCUCCCACACAUUUCAGCGCUACACCGUUCGCUAGCGCUCAUGAUGUGCCUCCUCCCACUAUAGGUCCCUUCCCACAUGUUGCCAUUACGCCCUCCACUGGCGCUCAUUAUGCGCCUCCUGGUGCCCUUGGUAGCCCUUCCCAAGUCGCGGGCACGAAACGCCACUUUGCUGCAUCACCCGCUCCUGCCCCCCCAACCGUUUGA